GAGGAAAGGGAGAAAGUAGAGCAUUGAUCUCCUCGAAGGACAACAGAGAAGCAAUGGGGACACCAAGGGUUCUUCAUUGCCUUCUUCUGUUGACGCUUCAAUAUGCAGGUCUCUGUUCCGCCGGGGUCCCAGGAACAGAAUUUAUCACGGUCUUCAUGCAGAACCACAAUACCCAGUCUGGAAACCCUAAUCUCCAGUUGUCCAUCACCGCCCACUCCCCGUCCACCUCUGUCACCAUCAGCGUCAACAAAUAUAGCUUCCGAAAGAAAAUCACCUUGAAUGAGUUGGAGCAGACCACCAUCGUACUGCCGCCUACGAUUCAAAUGCUACCAUCCAAACCUUUUUCUCAUUCGGUCAUCGUAACGUCCAACAAUCCCAUCUCUGUGACGUCCUUCAACUCCAAGGUUGAAAGCUCAGAUAGUUCAUCUUUGUACCCGGUUGAGGAGCUGGGAACAGAAUAUUAUAUUGUUACUCCCACCGAUGGUCCAGAUGGGAGCUUCAAAGAAUUUGCUGUAGUUACAAAAGAGCCAAACAAAGUUACUAUCUAUCUUACUGGGAAGGUAACAUUCGAGGACCGUGAGUAUGGUAAAGGAAGCGUACUCACCUUAAACCUUGAGUCGUAUGAAGCCGUAGAACUCCAAAGUGAAGAUGAUCUCACCGGCACAAGAGUGGUGACCCUAAAACCAGCGGCCGUUCUUAGCGGCCACAUGUGUUCCUGGAAACACAGCAAGUGCAAUCAUGUUUAUGAACAGCUGCAGCCUGUAUUUUCUUGGGCAAAUACAUUUAUAAUGCCUCCGAUGCCCUUUCAGACCAAAUACGACAUGGUUUAUGUGACCGCUUCCCAGAUCACUCAAGUGACCUAUCAAGCCGGUCUAGAGAAAGUAACUAAGGAGCUUGGUGCUGGAGGGUUUCUAGAGCUCCAAUUGAAGCCAUCAUUACCACUCUUCAUCAACGCUACAGAAGGCAUACAGGUCCUAUUUUUCUCUGCAGGGGGUCAUGAUGGAAGCGUGGUGUAUGACACCUUUCUCAUGGCCGUACCUGAUGUGACCUCCUACUGUACUUCCUACUUAGCUGUAGCCCAAGACAAAUUCAUCAAUGAAGUUAUCAUGGUAGCCAAGACUUCAUCAAUAAAAGGCGUGACCGUUGACAAUGCCCCUCUGAAAGAUGUCAGUUGGCAGGAAAUCCCAGACACAGAAUAUUCUUGGGGGGGAUUCGACCCCGAUUCAAGUUCCAGGCCAUACCUGGUUGAGAAUAAAGACAAUCCUUUCGGGCUCAUCACGGCCGGCAUCGCCUCGAUGAACGCGUACGGAGAGCCUGGCGUCUGUGUUAAAGGCUCGACGCGCCCGUCGUGCAGUCGCACCAAGUGCAAGAAGCAAGAGUCUUGCCGAAUUUUCCGCGGGAAAGCCACGUGUUUCGCCAAAUCCGAGGCUGUGUGUUGGGCAUGGGGCGACCCCCACUACCACACCUUCGACGGGAAAAACUACGACUUCCAGGGGACCUGCACCUACACCAUGGCCAAAACCUGCGGGCCUGACCUCACCUUACCGCCCUUCAAUAUCGAGACCAAAAAUGAGAAUCGGGGGUCCUCCCUUGUGUCGUAUGUUAGUUUUGUAAACAUUCAGGUGUAUGGCUACAACAUAACGGGCGUCAGGUCGGAACACGGCGUAGUGAGGAUAAACAACCAAAAGGCUCAGCUCCCUGUGACACUCCAGGAUGGCAAGCUCCGGAUAUACCAGAGCGGAGGUUACUUCGUUCUUCAAACCGACUUUUCCCUCAGAGUUUACUACGACUGGAACGUUCUAGUAAAAAUCCAGCUGUCAAGUAGCUUUUCCGAAAAUGUGUGUGGCUUGUGCGGCAAUUACAACGGUGACCAAAAAGAUGACCUCUACUCCCCGGCGCGGGUCCCUCUAACCCCGAUCGAGUUUGGAAGAAGUUGGAAGGUCAAUGAGAGCAGUGAUAGCACAUGCUGGGAUGACUGCAAUGGGGAAUGCAAAAAAUGCCCCAUGCCAUUAAUGGUACAAUACGGGAGCAAGACCCAAUGUGGCAUCAUCACUCAACGGAAUGAUGGACCCUUCAGGAGGUGCCAAUUACUGGUCGAUCCCCAAAUAUACAAAGAUAACUGUGUGUACGAUCUCUGCAUGAAUGAUGGAUAUCAACAAAUCUUGUGCCAGGCACUGAAGGCGUACAGCGAUGCCUGCCGCAAAGAAGGGGGCAUCAUUUAUGACUGGAGAAAUUCUACAGGAUGCACUAUGGAAUGCCCAGCUGAUAGUACGUAUAAAGCAUGCGGUUCCGCUUGCCCAGCAACGUGUGAAGAUCCAAAUGCUCCCUCAAAAUGUUCUGAACCGUGUAUAGAAACCUGUGAGUGCAAUCCAGGUUUUGUAAUGAUCGGAGGAAAGUGCCUGCCUAACGACAGCUGUGGCUGCCAGCACGAAGGUCGAUUCUAUGCCCCCAAUGAGACAUUCUGGGCAGACAGCCAGUGCAAACAAAAGUGCGUCUGCAAUGGAGCCAGCCAUAAGGUGACUUGUUCCAAAGCCGGAUGCCGGAGCGGAGAGGAGUGUACUGUAAGGAAUGGUUUGCAAGACUGUUAUGCCAUCAAGUACGGCACGUGUUCUGCUUCUGGGGACCCCCACUACAUUACCUACGAUGGGUUACAUUAUAAUUUCCAAGGGACCUGCGAGUAUCUACUAUCAGGGCUCUGUAACAAAAAGAGUGGCUUAGCUGAUUUCCAAGUAACGGUGCGCAAUGAAAAUCGGGGGAGUCGUCUUGUCUCUUACACAGCAGCGGUCAAUUUCACCAUAUAUGACACAGAAAUACAGAUUCGCCGAGAAUUUCCAAAUCAAGUGCUGGUUAAUGGUAUUCUAUCCAACAUUCCCCUUACGCUGAAUUCUGGCCGGAUGUCCGUGUUUCAGUCCGGAAGGCACUGCGUGAUUCAGACCCAGCGUGGCAUUCGUGUUACGUUUGAUUGGGACGCCCGUGUGGCCGUCAUGGUUCCUUCUACCUAUUCUAAGCAGGUCUGUGGACUCUGCGGUACUUUUAAUAACAACCCUGAUGACGACCUGAUUGACAGGGAUGGUAAUCCUACCAACGACACCUUUAGUUUUGCCAAAAGCUGGAAGGUAGGAGAGGUGAAAGGAUGUCAAGAGGUCCCAGAAAAGAAAUGCUCUGUCUUGAAAUCGCUGGAAAAGGAACAGAGGAAAAGUCUUGUAGGGUGCGGUCUGCUGUUAGAUAAAAAAGGACCUUUCCGUGAAUGCCAUGCCAAGGUUUCACCAGAAGACUACUUCAAGGACUGCGUUUAUGACCAAUGUGCGUUCGGUAACCUGGAGGACAUAACUUGCCGUCUUAUAGCAGGAUACACAACUGCAUGUCAAGAAGCCAAGGCUACCGUGUACCCUUGGAGAACUGAGCAGUUUUGCCCUCUUCAGUGUCCAGAAAACAGCCAUUAUGACGUAUGUUCCAGUGGAUGCCCAUCAACUUGCCUCUCCCUGACUUCGUUUUCUCAAUGCAACAGUCUUUGCAAGGAAGGAUGUUCUUGUGACGAUCGUUUUGUUCUAAGUGGUGGCCAAUGUGUCCCUCUUUCUGAGUGUGGUUGCUCCUACAACAGUCUUUAUUAUAAACCAGGAGAUGUCUUCUUCCCGGAAGACACAUGCGAGAAGAAAUGUUCUUGCAACCCUGGUGGAUCAGUUGUGUGCUCUGCUUUUGCUUGUGGGCCCUAUGAAGAAUGCCGCGUGGAAAAAGGCGUACAGAGCUGCAAUCCUAAUGGGUCGGCUACAUGCUCCGCAGUGGGAGAAUCCUACUACAGGACCUUCGACGGUCUGGGAUAUGACUUUUUUGGAAACUGCUCCUACGUCUUGGCAAAGGCCUGUCUAAGUGACGGAUCACAUCUCACCCCCUUCCGUCUUCUAGUAAGAAACCAAAAUCCGGUGUCCAAUGGCCAGUCGAACAUUAAGGUGGUAACGUUAGAAGUCUAUAAUUACACCAUAACCAUCCUUCAAGACUCAGAGAGCAAAAUUAUGGUUGAUGGCAUUCUCCGAAGCCUUCCUUUUGAGGCAGCCUCUGGUAAACUGAGGGCCAUCCCUCGAGGUUUGGGUAUUGUCCUCAGCACCAAUUUUGGCUUAAUCAUAGAUUAUGACUUCUCUCUCCACGUCACCAUACCUGCAAACUAUCACCAGCAGACCUGUGGCCUAUGUGGGAAUUAUAACGACUAUUACGACGAUGACUUUAACCAAAACAGUGGGAAUGUGGUUGCCUUUGCCGAGUCCUGGAAAGACUCUGAGGCCGACAGCACCUGCGUUACAAGCGAAUCCUGUUUGAGUGGCAACCAAAAUUGUCCUGCCUGUACAAAGUCAAAAGCAGACAUCUUGGCAGGAGAGAAGUUUUGCGGUAUUCUCACUUCAUUCCGUGGACCGUUUGCAGUUUGCCACAACGUGGUUGACCCGUCUUCAUACCUGAGCAGUUGCGUUAAUGCCCUCUGUGCCGGAACCGGCGACCUUUGCCUGCUCCUCCAAAGCUAUGCUAAAGUGUGUCAAGAUGCAGGGGCAACAAUCAAGUCAUGGAGGACUCCAAGUUUUUGUCCCCUCACGUGCCCCGAACACAGCCAUUAUGAGACUUGCGCUGAUCUCUGCUCCUCCAGCUGCUCCUCAAUGUACGAUAUCGCCAGCUGUCCAGAAUCUUGCUCCGAGGGCUGUCAAUGUGACAAUGGGUAUUUCUUCCAAGGUGGAUCCUGCGUACUUCCACAUGAAUGUGGCUGUUACUACAAUACAACAUAUUACAAGGCCAACCAAACAAUCUUAUCUCAGGACUGCUCGCAGCGCUGUAAUUGUAAUUCUGGUCUGAAGAUGGUGUGCGAGCCCUACAGCUGUGCCGCAAAUGAAAAGUGUACCAUCAUAGAAGGGUCGGUGACCUGCAUUAAUGUGGAUCCAUGCAAGUCAAUAACUUGCAGGAAUAAGGAAACAUGCAAGGUUCAAGAUGGUGUCCCACGAUGUGUUCCUGAUUAUACAAGCACUUGCUGGAGAUGGAGUGGCUCCUACUAUAACACCUUUGAUGGAUAUACCUAUGACUUCCAAGGCACCUGCUCAUACAUGCUGACAACAUACAUCGGUGAAGACACUACCCUGGUGCCUUUCAGUGUUGAAGAAAUGAACGAUAAUCGGGGAAGCCUCUCUUUAACCUUCCUUAAGCUGGUCAACGUCUUUGUAUAUGGCUACAAUAUAUCUAUCAAAAAAAGUGAACUUGGAAGCGUUUGGGUGAACAAUGAAAUUACCAAUGUCCCAGUGACCUUGUUAAAUGGCAAGAUAUACAUUAGCCUCAGCGGAUCGAGCGCUGUACUCAACACCGACUUUGGCCUUCGGGUGACCUAUGACUAUAAUGAGCAGGUAGCGGUUACCAUCCCAAGUAGCUACUAUGGAAGCGUUGGUGGCCUUUGUGGUAAUUUUAAUCAAGACCCCAAGGACGAGAAAAUAUCUUCUGAGAAUAAGGAACUAGACUCGAUCACAGACUGGUCAGCGAGCUGGAAGGUUGGCGAUAAAGAUCCCUUCUGCUGGGACACCUGCAAAGAAAACUGUCUGGGAUGUGACAAAACUAAGAAGAGUCUGUACGAAGGGGAGAAGUACUGUGGGCUCAUCAAGGCUGAAGAUGGACCUUUCAAGGCAUGUCACUCCAAAGUCAGCCCCGAUGCAGUCUUUAAUACGUGUGUUGAUGAUGUUUGCAAGAAAGAUGGAUCUUCUCUGUUUUCUUGCCAAGCUCUUCAAGUCUACGCAGAUUUAUGCAGAAAGGAAGGAGUGACCAUUGGAGACUGGAGAACUCCAUCAGGAUGCCCCCUUCAGUGCCCUGAGAACAGCCACUAUGAAGCAUGCGGCAAUGCCUGCCCAGCUAGUUGCUUUGACCGCACCUCGCAGGACCGAUGCAACGAGCAAUGCGUGGAGACGUGUCAAUGUAACGACGGUUACGUUCUCAGUGCUGGCAAAUGUGUUAACGUUUCGGACUGCGGCUGCGUCUACAACAAUAAGUAUUACCAACCCAACCAGGAGUUUUGGGCUGAUGAGAAAUGCAGCGUGCGCUGCAAAUGCGAUUCAAAUUUGGGAAUGGUUCUGUGUAAGCAGACAAGCUGCGGAACUGGUGAAAAAUGCUCGUUGCUUAAUGGCAUCCAAGGUUGUCACCCGGAAAACUACUCAACUUGCGUUGCUUCCGGCGACCCUCACUAUAGCACCUUCGACGGCAAGAGAUAUGACUUUAUGGGAACCUGCAUCUACAAACUUGCCGAAUUAUGCGUUCUUGAUCACGGCCUUCCUUAUUUCCAAGUCAAAGUCCAGAACGAGCAGAGAGGAAACAAAGCUGUAGCGUACACUAAAGCUGUGACCUUGGAGGUCUACAACCAGAACAUCACUUUAACCAGGAAUCAUCCGCUCCAAAUUCUGGUCAAUGGAGUUUUAACUUCAUUACCAUACUCCUUCAGAAACAACAAGGUCAAGGCAUUUAUGAAGGGUGAACAUGCCUUUGUCAGGACCGAUUUUGACGUCACGGUGAACUAUAACUGGGACAAUUAUGCUCGAGUGAUGGUGCCCAGUAGCUACAUGGGUGCCCUCUGCGGUCUGUGCGGGAAUUACAAUCAGGAUCCAACCGAUGAUCUGACCCCAGCGAACGAUAAUCAUGUACCUGACAAUAUCAAGUUCGAAGAUAGGUAUAAGGUCGGUGAAACACCAGGCUGUACGGGAGGAUGCAAAGAAAAAUGCCCCCAGUGUGACGAGAAGAAACUCAAUAAGUAUAAGAGUGAGAAGUAUUGUGGCAUCCUCAGUAAUGCCGAUGGACCUUUAAGCCAAUGCUUUGAGUUCAUUGAUCCAAGACCCUUUUUCGAAGACUGUGUGUAUGACAGCUGUCAAUACCAAGGUUAUUAUUCGGUGGUAUGUAGCGCCAUUGCUGGUUAUGUUUCUGAAUGCCAGAGCAAGGGGAUCAAGAUUACAGAAUGGAGGACACCAACGUUUUGCAAUAUGUCCUGCCCCGCAAACAGCCACUAUGAACUUUGUGGAAGUGGAUGUCAACCUACGUGCUCUGACCUCUUCUCCUCAAUCGUCUGUGAGAAGACCUGCACCGAAGGCUGCUACUGUGACAAUGGCUUCAUGCUCAGCGGAGACACUUGCGUCCCUUUCUCCCAUUGUGGCUGUGCAUUCCGCGACCACUAUUACAAAAAAGGGGAGGAGUUUUAUCCCGAUGGCCAAUGCAGUGAACGAUGCAAGUGCUUGGAGAAUGGACAUGUUGAAUGCCAAAAUGUCCCCUGUGGUGCCAAUGAAGAAUGUGCUGUGGUCGACGGGCUCCGUGGUUGCUUUUCUAAGGAUAAAGGGACUUGUGUGGUAACUGGAAGCAAGCAUUACAUCACAUUUGAUGGCCUUGAUUAUGACUUCCAAGGCACUUGUCCCUACGCUCUGGCCAAAGUCUGCAGUGAAAACAAAGAAGUGGCCAACUUUUCCGUUGUUGUAGAGAAUGAGAGCUCUGGAAAAUGCAACAUGGCCGUGACCAGUGCAUUGAUAGUAAAUGUGUAUGGAUAUGAAAUCAGAAUGGAAAAGGGAAUGACAUGGAAAGUAAAGAUCAGUGAGGAGGUUUAUGCUCUGCCUCUUGUUCUGGAAGAUGGUAAGAUCCGUAUCAGUCAAGAAGGUGUCAAUAUAAAACUCCAGACCGACUAUGACCUGAUUAUCAUCUUUGAUUCUAUAAGUUGGGUUCAGAUCACUGUCCCUGGGGCUUAUCAAGGAGCCCUCUGCGGUCUAUGCGGAGACUUCAAUGGCCGACACGACGAUGAUUUCCGUUUGCCGUCUGGCCAGCUAUCUGAGGAUGUAGAGAAAUUCGGAGCCUCCUGGAAAUCAAGCUCAGAAAACUGCAUCGAUGGCUGCCAGGGGAAAUGUAAUGAUUGCGACCCACUGCGCGCUGCCAUAUUUGGAAGGGAUGAGGCGUGCGGGAUAUUCAUCCUCGAAGACGGUCCCUUUGCGGAAUGCAGUCAACUAGUCAAUGCUACAGAUUACUUUAAUUACUGCCUCUCUGAUAUGUGUGCCUGCGACGGUCAAAAAGAGACCCUUUGUGGUAUCCUUCAGGCAUAUGCCACUGCUUGCCAAGCUGCUGGGGCCAAGAUUAAACCAUGGAGGUCUCCAACUUUAUGCCCAUUAUCUUGCCCCAAAAACAGCCAUUAUGAAUUGUGCACCAGCUCAUGCGGCAUUGCAUGUUAUGGCAUCACGGCAGCAGAGUCUUGCUCCGACACAUGCUUUGAAGGCUGCGAGUGCAAUGCUGGGUAUCAGUUCGAUGGAAACGCUUGUGUUGAAAUGGACAGAUGUGGUUGCGUGUACAACGGAAGAUAUUUAAGUCUUGGGGCUUCUCUUGUAUCUCCUGACUGCCUACAAAGCUGCUCGUGCCAAAAUGGUGGCAUUGUUGUGUGUACGGACCUUUCCUGCUCCGAGUCGGAGUACUGUGGUCUUCUGAACGGAGAACGGGGGUGCAUUAAAAAACAAGGCACCUGUUCAUUGAGUGCCCAACGCCAACUGGUGUCCUUCGACAAAUUGUCUGCUCCUGUUUCCCCGGGAAACAGCUUUGACUUUGCCGCUGUGUGCAACUCCAGUCUCGAUUCCUGGUUCCGACUGGUGGUCGUCACCGAGAGUUGCCAGGAUGAGGAUAGACUUGAGGUUUCUGCUGUUCACGCGUAUUUCUCGGGAGCCUCUGUUGCAUUAAACCCUGCUGGGGGGGCCUGGGUCAAUGGAAGAGAAACUAAACUUCCAUCUCAGGUGUCUGGAUCUUUGUCGAUAAGCUCAGGAGAGGGAGCGGUGGUAUUAAAGUAUGGAGAGGACAUGGAGCUUCUUUUGCAUGCGAAUGGGGAAAUUACCCUCAACAUAAGCCCAGACCUAUCCGGAGCUCUGUGCGGAGCUUGUGGGAAUUUUAACAGGCAGAAGUCCGAUGAUGCACAGGGUCCUGCAGGAAAAGCCAUAACUAAUCUGUCGGAGUUCACCGCUUCCUGGAGAGCUCGAGAUUUCUCAAGAUGUGACCCGUGACGUCUGUUCUCUUCAAGCCUUCCCAUGGAUUUCCAUGACAUUAAUGUGAUUAAAAUACAUUGAACACAAUGUACUACUUUGAUUAUCGUUACAAGGGUGACCAAUCUGGGUUCCUCUGCUAAAGUUUGAUUACAAUGUACCAGUUAAAAACUAAAAGUGUUAUAAACAUGGCACAUAAGAUUGUAAAAUAACAGCAGAUACAUAUACUGAAUAAUCAUUCUCGUGCUAUUCACUAAUUCUCCAUUCUUUCUCUUGUUUAUGAUGUAAUGUGGAUAAAACACUUUUUUGCUGUUUUUACAUUAAACAUAAAACCAAGUGAAUUUUUUUUCUACAUUGAUCUGUUGAUUUGCGUACAAAAUAAAAUAAAUAAAUUGGAUAUUACAUUCAAUAUAUAUUAAUAAUAAAUUCAACGUUAACAG